CAAAAGUUCUCUUUGUUGUUGGCUUCCGUUUGGUUUAUUCCGAUAGUUUGACCAAUAUUUUGGUAUAUAAAAUGGUUGAUCUUGUGCCACUUAAGCAUCAGUUCAUCGACGUCUUUCAAGCAAAAAACAAAUACUUCAAAAAUACUCUACAAUAUGUUCCGCUUUGUAAGUAGUGAAACCAUUAGAAAUUAUUCUAUGCAGGAAUAUCUUAACUAUGUUUUAAACCAUUCACAACUGCAGCUUGUCGUCUUGUUCGCUCUGGUUUCCAUCGUUGUGGCAGCUCCUGGAUUCGUGGAGCAGCAACAUGUUCUAAUCUCCACACCCGUUGUUGCCGUUAAACAUGUGCCAGUGCCAGUGGUGCCCGUAGUGAAACAUGUGGUGCCGGUAGUGAAGACUGUAGUGCCUGUGGUGAAGACUGUAGUUCCGGUAGUGAAGACUGUUGCUGUGGCUCCUGUUUACCACCGCACUUAUGUGCCCGUUGUUAAAUCUUACGCCGUAGCCGCGUCUCCCUAUACCCACAUCUAUCAUGGUUAAAACAAAAAAAUAUUAAAUAAAAUGAAUAAAGUAUGGAAAGGUUAAAAUAAUCGAUACUUUGUUUAUGACAUAAAUCCAAACUUUGAAGCGAGUUUUAUGUCAAAAUGUAAAAAAAAUAAAGAACCUUGUAAUUAUUUGA